CGGGCGACGAGGAGGCGGUGGCAGCGGCGGCGAACAUGUUUUCAGUGAGGCUGGUGACUGCCGACUACUACAUGGCGAGCCCGCUGCGGGGGCUGGACGUCUGCCAGGCGCCGCGCAGCCAGGCCCCGGUCCGGAGCGUGCCGGUGGUGCGAGUCUUCGGGGCGACCCCGGCAGGUCAGAAGACAUGUCUGCAUCUACAUGGCAUCUUUCCUUACCUCUAUGUGCCAUAUGAUGGUCAUGGACAACAGCCAGAAAGCUAUCUUUCUCAGAUGGCAUCCAGUAUCGACAGAGCACUUAAUGUGGCUUUAGGCAAUCCAUCUUCUACUGCUCAGCACGUGUUCAAAGUGUCAUUAGUAUCAGGAAUGCCUUUUUAUGGUUAUCAUGAAAAGGAAAGACACUUUAUGAAGAUCUAUCUUUACAAUCCUGCAAUGGUGAAAAGGAUAUGUGAACUUUUGCAAAGUGGAGCCAUAAUGAAUAAAUUUUACCAGCCUCAUGAAGCGCAUAUUCCCUACCUCCUACAGCUCUUCAUCGACUACAAUCUCUAUGGAAUGAAUUUAAUAAAUCUGGCUGCUGUCAAGUUCCGAAAAGCAAGAAGGAAAAGUGAUCCAUUGUGUGCAACUGGAUCUUGCAAAGAUCGGCUAACAGGAAAUUCUUUUACUGGUACUUUAUUUCGGUGGGAAGAAGAUGAAAUACCAAGCUCUUUAAUACUGGAAGGUGUUGAACCACAGAGCACAUGUGAGUUAGAAGUGGAUGCUGUAGCUGCUGAUAUCUUAAAUCGGCUGGACAUUGAAGCUCAAAUUGGCAGAAACCCUGGUCUGCAGGCUAUAUGGGAAGAUGAAAAGCAACGGCGAAGAAACAGAAGUGAAACUUCUCAAAUCAGCCAACCUGAAUCACAAGAUCACAGGUUUGUGCCGGCAACAGAAAGUGAAAAAAAAUUUCAGAAGAGACUUCAGGAAGUUCUCAAACAGAAUGAUUUCUCUGUAACAUUAUCAGGAUCUGUGGGCUACAGCGAUGCAUCCCAGGGGCUCUCCGCUGAGCUGACGCUGUAUUCUGAGGCUCUGUCUCCUGAAAGUCUUCCAUGUACGCCGGCUAAUAUGGUAGAAGUCCACAAAGACACAGAGCUGAGCAAAGGUCACAUUAAAUACAAACUGGAGGAAGCUGUUAUUAAUGAAGAGGCAAUUUUGAACGUCAUGGAAAAUAGUCAGACUUUUCAGCCUUUAACCCAAAGACUGAGUGAGUCAGCAGUUUUCUUGGGGAGUAGUCCUGAUGAGGCCCUGGUACAUCUUCUUGCUGGUUUGGAAAAUGAUGGAUAUCGGGGGGAAAGGCAUAGGAUGCCAUCAUCAUGUGCUUUUGGAAACAUCAAGAAUCUCCAAAAUAGUGAUGAUGAAGAAAAUGAACCACAGAUUGAAAAAGAAGAAAUGGAGCUUAGUUUGGUGAUGUCUCAGAGAUGGGACAGCAAUAUUGAAGAACAUUGUGCCAAAAAGAGCUGCCCCUUCCCGAGGCUCUGGGUUCUUGCAGACAAUCCACUGAACAACGAAAAUUCCAGAACCCACUCUUCUGUGAUCGCAGCCAGCAAGCUGUCUGUAAAACCUUCGAUCUUUCACAAAGAUGCUGCUACAUUAGAGCCCCCAUCUUCAGCUAAGAUCACCUUUCAGUGCAAACACACAAGUGCCCUUUCUUCCCAUGUUUUGAACAAGGAAGAUUUAAUUGAAGACCUUUCACAACCACACAACAAGGAAAAAGGUCUGGAUCAUUCAGCUCCUGCUUUUACAAGUGAAAGCACUUACUCUAUGAAAUACCCUGGAUCUGUAAGCAGCACUGUCCAUUCAGAAAACUCUCAAAAAGAAAGUAGCAAGAAAGAUAUCCUCCCAGUAUCUUCCUGUGAAAGUAGUAUUUUUGAUUAUGAAGAAGAUACUCCAUCCGUUACAAGACAAGUACCAAGUAGAAAGUAUACAAACAUUAGAAAAAUUGAUAAAGAUGCCCCUUUUAAACAUAUGAACCGUCACACUAGCGAAAGUACAUUGAGCAAAAAUUCUUUCAACUUUACUGACUCAUGUCAUUCAAAAAGCAAAUCAACCUCUGAAGGAAGUGAAAAAAGACACAGCACAGCUAUGAAUAGCUUGUUCCCUUCAUCAUUGACUGAAAACUGUGAGCUGCUGUCAUGCUCAGGGGAGAAAAGAACUGUGGUACAUUCUCUUGAUAGCAUUGCUGAUGAAAGUGGACUCAAUAAGCUUAAAAUUAGAUAUGAAGGAUUUCAAGAACAUAAAACAGAAAAGCCAAGCCUCAGCCAGCAAGCAGCACAUUAUAUGUUUUUCCCCAGUGUUGUUCUCUCUAACUGUCUCAGUAGGCCACAGAAACUCUCCCCUGUCACAUACAAACUACACCCCAGCAAUAGGCAGCCCCGGUUAAAAAUGAACAGGAAGAAAUGUAUAGUUCACCAGGAGACUUCUACCAAAACUAGUGAGACUGGACCCACAAAAGAGAACUGUGUGCAAAGUCAUCCUUGUCACAGUCACCCUGAGAAGGAUGGCACAUUGGCCAGUGAUGUGAUUAAAGUCACUCGUGGAGCUUUUGAAAAUAAAACACCUAUGGACAGUUUUAUAGAGUGCCGCUUUGGAGAUGGGACAUUAGACACUGAGCAGACCUUUGGGUUGUAUGGAAACAAGUACACGCUUAGAGCCAAACGCAAGGUGAAUUAUGAGACUGAGGAUAGUGAGUCAGGUUUUGUAACACACAACACAAAAAUCAGCCUACCUCAUCCCACGGAAAUUGGUGGAAGUAUAGGUGGAAAUCUCAAAUCUCGAAAACGAAGAAAAAUGUCUAAAAAGCUGCCCCCUGUCAUCAUAAAGUAUAUUAUUAUUAAUAGAUUUAGAGGGAGAAAAAAUAUGCUUGUGAAGCUAGGAAAAAUAGACUCUAAAGAAAAACAAGUAAUAUUAACAGAAGAAAAAAUGGAAUUGUAUAAAAAGCUUGCACCUUUGAAGAAUUUUUGGCCAAAAGUUCCUGACUCCCCUGCAACCAAAUACCCCAUUUAUCCACUAACACCAAAGAAAAGUCACAGAAGAAAAUCAAAACAUAAGUCUGCUAAGAAAAAAACUGGUAAGCAACAAAGGACAAAUAGUGAGAGUAUUAAAAGACCUUUGUCUUUCAGGAAAAAACGGUCCCAUGCUGUUCUUUCACCCCCAUCACCAUCUUACAGUGCUGAAACCGAAGACUGUGACUUGAAUUACAGUGAUGUUAUGUCUAAACUAGGUUUUCUUUCUGAGAGAAGCACAAGUCCCAUAAAUUCUUCUCCACCUCGCUGCUGGUCUCCCACAGAUCCAAGAGCUGAAGAAAUUAUGGCUGCUGCAGAUAAACAAGUGACGCUUUUUAAGGGUCUUAAUGCACAUAGUAGCAAGACCGUUAAUUCUCGUAUAGAAAAAAAUAGACGAGCAAGAGCACAGGCUAAGAAAUCAAAGACGAAGCUUGUUAAUCCCCCUGUAGUUACCAAGAAAAGGAACAAACGAAAUCAGACAAAUAAACUAGUAGAUGAUGGGAAAAAGAGACCGCGAGCGAAACAGAAACAGAAAACAAAUGGGAAAGGUACGCCAAGAAAGCACAUAACGUUUAAGGAUGAAAAGGUAAAAUCUCAGCCUGUGCUGAAAUAUCAGCAUGUGUCUGAGUCCCCCAGGCGUGCUGGAGGCUCUCCACUGCUAUUCAAACAGAGAGAGGUGUCACCAGCAGGCUCUGCUGUGGGGCCUCCCCUGUCUGCCCCACUGCCCACUGGAGUCCAUGCACAACAGAAUUCACCUGGCUGCUUUUCUUCUUUCUUAGAAAGCAAGAAGCCUGGAGGUGUGCAGACAUUCCCCAGUUCACGAGAUAAUGUGUAUUCAUCGGUUGUUUGUAGCUCUUUGGGACCUGGAAUCUCCAAAGUUAACGUUCAGAGGUCUCAUAAUCAAAGUGCUAUGUUUACUCUGAAGGAAUCAACCUUAAUUCAAAAAAAUAUAUUCGACCUUUCCAACCGUUUGUCUCAGGUAGCACAGAAUACACAGACAUCUCCAGGUAUAAUGUCUCCAAAGACAGAAGAUAGUGCAAAUAUACAAAAAAACUACUUGUCAUCUUUCGGAAAAUUAAGUGAAUAUCAUAAUCCCGUAGACCCACAGCCAGACCAGACGUGUGCCCCUGGUUUUUUGCACUGCAGAGAAAGUCAGCAGCAGCCUGUGUGCAUGGCAGAGCCUCCGAAGCCCAGCGAGGCCUGUCCUCCCGGAAGUGCAGCAGCGGACGAGAGCCAGACAUCUGACAGCUGCCCUGUGACUUCCUGGAGAAGCCCGAUCAAACGGAUCGCAUGGGGGCAAAAACAAAGGGGCUUUGUUUUAGAUAUGUCAAAUUUUAAAUCUGAAGGGAUAAAAGAGAGGGCACUGUCAGAAGCCAUUUCACAAACCAAAGCACUUUCUCAGUGUAAAAAUCGAACUGUGCCAGCACCUUCAGCAUUUGGUGAAGGACAGUCUGGACUGGCAGUUCUAAAAGAAUUGUUACAGAAAAGACAGCAGAAAGCACAAAAUGCAAAUAUUAUGCAAGACCCAUUAUCUAGUAAGCAGCAACCAAACAAAAAUAUUUCUGAUUCCCUUGAGCAUAACAGAACAAUUAAACGAACACGACCAGUAACAUCUCCAAGAAAACCUCGAACUCCCAGAAGUACAAAAGCUAAAGAGAAAAUUCCCAAACUUCGUAAAGUAGACUCUCUAAAUUUACAAAACUCUGGCCAAGUGGAUAACUCCGCGUCAGAUGACAGUCCCAUCUUUUUUUCAGAUCCAGGUUUUGAAAGUUGUUACUCACUUGAAGAUAGCUUGUCUCCCGAACAUAAUUAUAAUUUUGAUAUUAAUACAAUAGGUCAAACUGGAUUUUGUAGCUUCUAUUCUGGAAGUCAGUUCAUCCCAGCUGAUCAGAAUCUGCCGCAGAAGUUCUUGAGUGAUGCAGCUCAGGAUCCUUUCCCAGGACAGACGAUAGAAAAGCCUGAGUUUUUAAAUCACGAUGACCAGAAGUGUGGUGAUGCCCGGCGCCGCGCCUCAGCCUCUUGGGUAGGACCCAGCACCGCCAGUCCCGAGCUCUUUGACGGCAGCGACAGUCGCUGCCACGACCAGUGGGAAAGCAGCUUUCACUCUCUGACCACCCGGUCUAAUUCGUUGAUGGAUUCUUUCUGUGUCCAGCAGGCAGAGGACUGUUCAAACGAAAAGCCCAGACUGAGCGGGAGCUCGGUGAGUAAGGAGGUGUUUCUGAGCCUCUCGCAGCCAGGCCACUCCGGCUGGAUUCCGGGCCGUGCCAGGAAGGGUGCGGGGCAGCCCCUCGACACAGGCAGUGCCUCUUGCACCACGAGGCUGCCCUCCCCUGACGGCGAACUUGCGGACGCGGCCUCUGAAGACUUAGAACUGUACGCUUCGAGGAAUAACGACAUGCUGACACCGACCCCCGACAGCUCACCGAGGUCCACGAGCUCUCCCUCACAAUCCAAAAAUGGCAGUUUCACCCCUCGAACUGCUCACAUUCUGAAACCACUUAUGUCCCCACCAAGUAGGGAAGAAAUUAUGGCAACUUUAUUGGAUCAUGACCUUUCAGAAACCACUUACCAGGAACCCUUCUGCAGCAAUCCUUCGGAUGUGCCGGAAAAGCCCAGGGAGAUUGGUGGACGGCUUCUCAUGGUAGAAACUCGACUUCCAAAUAAUCUGGCUGAGUUUGAAGGAGACUUUUCCUUGGAAGGACUUUGUCUGUGGAAAACAGCAUUCUCAGCUAUGACUCAGAAUCCAAGACCAGGAUCCCCCCUUCGCAAUGGCCAACCAGUUGUCAAUAAAGGGUCAAGUAUUAGCCAUAAAAUGGUUGAAGAUAAAAAAAUUGUGAUCAUGCCUUGCAAAUGUGCCCCAAGUCGACAACUGGUUCAAGCAUGGCUUCAAGCCAAAGAAUAUGAGCGCUCCAAGAAACUGUCCAAGAUUGAGCUGGCUGCGGUUGAAAUGUCUGCUGAGAACUUCACCUCCUCAGUUAACCCAGACGACCAACCUGUAGUGCCUCCAAAAGCGGGUACAGCUCCACACAUGCUCCCCACUAUGGCAUAUGCCAAGGAAGAUGCUGGUGAUUCUCAGAUUUCUUUCCAGGCACCAUCUACAGGAGGAUGCAGUGGAACUGUAAGUGAAGGUCAGGCGCUGCCACCGGCUCUUUCUUCAAAUGACCCUGAGAAAGAAGAAGAUGGCGAUGCCUAUUAUGUUAGUUACAGCUCCCCGGAUUCUCCAGUAAUUCCCCCUUGGCAACAAGUAACAUCCCCAAAUUCCAAAACAUUAAAUGGAGGUGGCAGCCUUCCGUCCCCGGUGGAGGAACUGCAUUCCCUGACCACUGAGAACCCGUUACAGCUGGUAAAAGGUGGAACGCAGAAAAGCCCCUGCAGUGAGCCUCCGGAGCCUCCGGUGAUGUCUCCCAUCAACGUCAGGGCGAGAACCAGGGCGUGCGAGGCCCUCCGCCUUCACAGCACACCCAUCCCGCAGAGAAGACCUGUGGAAAGGCCUCCUGAGACCGCCAGCCUUAGCCCAUUAUCAGCAGAACCAAAAACCCAGAAAUUGAGUCAUAAGAAAGGAAGUAACACUGACACUCUUAGAAGAAGAGUGCUCUUAACACCAGUAAAGAAUCAAUUUGCAGCAGUAAACACCCCAAAGAAAGAAACUUCUCAGAUUGAUGGACCAUCCUUAAACAAUACUUAUGGUUUCAAAGUCAGCAUACAAAAUCUGCAGGAGGCAAAGGCUUUACAUGAGAUUCAAAAUCUUACCCUCAUCAGCGUGGAGUUACAUGCUCGAACUAGACGAGACUUAGAGCCAGACCCUGAGUUUGAUCCUAUCUGUGCUGUGUUCUACUGCGUCUCGUCUGACACCGCGCUGCCGGACACAGACCGAACGGAGCUCACGGGCGCCGUAGUGAUCGACAAAGACAGGGCAGCCUCCAGUCAAGACAUCAGGUAUAAGACUCCAUUACUUAUAAGAUCUGGAAUUACAGGACUAGAAGUUACCUAUGCUGCUGAUGAGAAAGCGCUUUUUCAGGAAAUUGCAGAUAUAAUAAAGAGAUAUGAUCCUGAUAUUCUGCUAGGAUAUGAGAUUCAGAUGCAUUCCUGGGGUUAUCUCUUACAAAGAGCUGCUGCCUUAAGUGUUGAUUUAUGUCAGAUGAUCUCCCGGGUGCCAGAUGACAAAUUUGAGAAUAGAUUUGCAGCUGAAAGAGAUGAGUAUGGAUCAGAUAUAAUGAGUGAGAUAAAUAUCGUUGGCCGAAUUACACUAAGUCUUUGGAGAAUCAUGAGAAAUGAGGUGUCGCUAACUAACUACACCUUUGAAAAUGUGAGCUUUCACGUUCUUCAUCAGCGUUUUCCCCUCUUCACCUUUCGAGUCUUAUCAGAUUGGUUUGAUAACAAGACAGAUCUAUACAGAUGGAAAACAGUUGAUCAUUACAUUAGCCGUGUCCGUGGAAAUCUCCAGAUGUUAGAGCAGCUGGACCUGAUUGGGAAAACAAGUGAAAUGGCUAGGCUUUUUGGCAUUCAGUUUUUACAUGUACUCACAAGGGGUUCACAGUACCGUGUGGAGUCCAUGAUGCUGCGGAUCGCUAAACCGAUGAACUACGUCCCCGUGACGCCCAGCACGCAGCAGAGGUCCCACAUGAGGGCGUCGCAGUGCACCCCCCUAAUCAUGGAGCCCGAGUCCCGCUUCUACAGCAACUCCGUCCUGGUGCUGGAUUUCCAGUCUCUGUACCCGUCUAUUGUGAUCGCGUACAACUACUGUUUCUCCACCUGCCUUGGCCGUGUGGAGAGCUUGGGAAAGUAUGAUGAGUUCAAGUUUGGCUGCACCUCUCUAAGAAUACCUCCAGAUUUACUUUACCAAAUUCGGCAUGAUAUCACCGUGUCCCCCAACGGGGUAGCCUUUGUCAAGCCUUCAGUAAGAAAGGGUGUGCUACCAAGAAUGCUUGAAGAAAUUUUGAAGACUAGACUAAUGGUGAAGCAGUCAAUGAAGGCUUACAAACAAGACAGAGCUCUUUCACGAAUGCUCGAUGCACGUCAGCUGGGACUUAAGCUUAUAGCAAAUGUCACAUUUGGCUAUACAGCUGCUAAUUUUUCUGGGAGAAUGCCAUGCACUGAGGUUGGUGAUAGUAUUGUUCACAAAGCCAGAGAGACCUUGGAACGAGCUAUUAAACUGGUGAAUGAUACCAAGAAAUGGGGUGCUAGGGUUGUAUAUGGUGAUACCGACAGUAUGUUUGUGCUACUCAAAGGAGCCACUAAGGAGCAGUCAUUUAAGAUCGGGCAGGAAAUUGCUGAAGCCGUGACUGCGGCCAACCCCAGACCUGUGAGACUCAAGUUUGAGAAGGUAAGCGCGACUCGGUGCCGACGGCACACAGGUUCUCACCACAGGUACGUUUUCAGAAUUCAGGCCGGUUUACGGGCCUUUGAAAGCAUUAAAGAAGCCCAUCAAGACCGGCCGCGCCCUCCGACAGCCAGUGACCUGCGGGGCAGGCUGCGAAGUAUCUCCAGAUGGCGCCUGAUUGUUGUCAGCGUGCCAAAGCCCCAGUGGAGGAGCCCCCCGGGCACUGUCGGAGCCCAAAGGGAAGGAGGAGCCCCCCCUCCCCGGGCACUGUCGGAACCCAAAGGGAAGGCGGUGCUGCGCUCAGCCCGGAAGACGGGUGCCUGGGGCCGCAGCCGCUCCACGGGAGAGAAGCACGCGGAGAACACGGCCCGCGGGAGCACAAGCGGGGGUGGGAGGGAAGGCUGGGGAAGCAAGGCGGUGGAGGGUCUGGGGUGCCAGGCUAACGUGCCCACGCUGUUCAGGAACGUCAGCCGAACGGGAGCCUGGCAUGACCGGAGCUGCCUGGGGGCGGCCGGCCUCACGGUGGUGCCCAGAUGGGCCGGGCCGAGGGGGUUCCGGAGGCAGCGUGCCUCCUGCAGUGUGCACGGCCUGACCCAGGGAAAUGGGUCCGGAAACCAGAGCGGGACGCGAGACCGUUGGGAAGGACGGGCAGGGGGCGCAGGUGGCCGACCGAGCAGAGCAGGCGUGAAGGACGAGAGGGGAGAAUGGAAGGGGGCCCCCGGGAGGACCAGCACGCUGUUCCGCGCUCAAGACCGAGCCCUCCACUCUCCCGCGGAGCGGCUGCAGCCCUUUUCCCUGCGGUGUCCGCUCUGGGGACCGAAGCAAAGGCUGCCGGGAAACGCGAGCAGGGAGCGUCCCUCUUGUUUUCUGAAAGAAAGAAACGUGCGAGACCUCAUGAUCAGUCAGGGUGUCAUCUGGCGCUGUGUGGGUCUGAGCAUCGUUUACUGCCCCAGUGAGGGCGGGGGUGCCGAUGCCGAGGGAGAGAGCUUCUUGUGUGAGCAUGGGAUAUUUUAUGAACGUUUUUUUCUGUUUAAGAUACUUGAGCGUUCUCUGAAGCUGCUAUUUGAAACACGAGAUAUAAGUUUAAUCAAACAGUAUGUCCAGCGACAAUGCAUGAAACUUCUGGAAGGGAAGGCCAGCAUCCAAGAUUUCAUCUUUGCCAAGGAGUACAGAGGGAGUUCCUCCUACAGACCUGGGGCUUGUGUGCCAGCCCUGGAACUCACAAGGAAAAUGCUUACUUACGACCGGCGCUCUGAGCCUCGGGCUGGGGAGCGAGUGCCCUAUGUCAUCAUUUACGGGGCCCCCGGAGUACCCCUCAUCCAGCUGGUGCGGCCCCCGGGAGAGGUCCUGCAGGACUCAGCUCUGAGACUGAACACCACGUACUACAUCACCAAGCAAAUCCUGCCACCCCUGGCAAGAAUCUUCUCACUCGUUGGGAUAGACGUCUUCAGCUGGUAUCAUGAAUUACCAAGGAUCCAGAAGGCCACCAGCUCCUCGCGAAGUGACCCUGAAGGGCGGAAAGGCACUAUUUCCCAGUACUUCACUGCCUUACGCUGCCCUGUGUGUGACGACGUGACUCAGCAUGGCAUCUGCAGCACGUGUCGGAGCCAGCCGCAGCAGGUGGCCGUCGUCCUCAGCCAGGAGGUCCGAGAGCUGGAGCAUAAACAGGAGCAGCUCGCAAAGGUCUGCAAGAACUGUGCAGGCUGCUUUGACCAGCACAUCCCGUGCGUCUCUCUGAACUGCCCUGUACUUUUCAAACUCGCCCGAGUCAACAGAGAGUUAUGCAAGGCCCCGUAUCUCCGGCGAUUGCUGGACCAGUUCUGAGGGGCCGGUGUCAGAGUCCAGGUGCUGUUUGCUCCUCAGCGUCCACUACAGAGCCGCUGCGCACGGUGCUUCUCGCCCCCCUGCGGUCAGUGUGUCCGUCCGUCUAGCCUGUGAGGACUGAAGCCUGUGAAGACUGCACGCCGACCGAACUGAGAAUCCGACUUGCCUGAGUGGCUCCCGCCCUGCCUUGUAGAGUCCUCCUCGCACCUUCUUCACAUUGUUUUAUGACGUGGGUGUUGAAUUUGCUCCGGUAUGUGUGACAUCGUGUGAACCCAUGUGAGUAGAUCCUGUGGGCGGAGCACCAAGAACCUCUUUUUACAAAACCAACCCAUGUGUUCCCUUGGACUGUCUGUACCAAGACGUGUUACUUAGAGAUAUCCAUUCACUUUAUAAUUUUGACUGCAAAAUAUUUUGUAAAUACACUUUUUUACUUUUCAAACAACUGAGUAAAAUAACGUGCAAUGAAUUUUAUACAAAUGAUUUUCAUGUUGUUUGGUAUAUUUCCUCUAGGUUUUGCUUGACUCAGAGUAGAGUUGUUAUUUUGGUCAAACUGUGCAAAUAGUACCAUCGUAGCAUUUGGACAUUACUUUCCAAACCACUGUCUUGCUUUAGCUGUUACGGGGCAUUGUGAGGAACCGUGCAAAGACACUUUUGUCACAAACCUGUGGGCCUGUUGCAAUACUUUAAAAAUAAAAAGUUUUAUUCCAUUUUUGCUUGUUUUGUAUAGACAUUUCUAUUGCUUCUAAAUAUACUUUUAAAAUAUUUUCUUUCCUUAAGUACUGUACAGUUAAUCUUAUUUACCAUCAUGUUGAAAACAAAAUGUGUAUUUAGAAUAUUUGUACAACUAACUGUAUAGAAUGAAAAGGAAUUAUGUGGUCAGUGCAUUGUUUUCUAAACUGGAAAUCAUUUUGUUUUAAAAGUUAAUAAUGGAAACCAUAUUAAAAUUGAAUAAAAUAUGAAAUAUGGGGGUGCGAUUUUUAUCUUGCUAAAAA